AUGGGGAACAACUCCGAGAUCGUGUUUGUUCUUCAGGGUUUGAAUGAGACUCUGAGCAACAGGCAGGUCUACUUCACCCUCGCCCUCCUCCUCUACCUGUUGACCAUCCUGGUCAACCUGGCCCUCAUCCUGACCAUCGUCCUGGAGAGGAUGCUGCACGAGCCCAUGUACAUAUUCCUCUGCAACCUCUGCGUCAAUGGCAUACUGGGCGCCUCUAGUUUUUAUCCCAAGCUGCUCCACGACCUUCUGGCUGACGCCCACGUCAUCACCUACGGCAGCUGCAUCGCGCAGAUCUUCGCGGUCUACUGCUACGUCUUCUGCGAGUUCACCAACCUGACGCUGAUGGCCUACGACCGGUACGUGGCCAUCUGCAAGCCGCUGCAGUACCAGGCGCUGGUCGGCCCUCAGCGGGUGGGCCAGCUCCUCUUCCUCACCUGGGCCUUCACGCUGCUGGAGACAGCGGUGGGCGUCGGGCUGACCGGCCGGCUGCCCAUCUGUGGCGUCCACAUCCACAAGAUCUUCUGCACCAACUGGGAGGUGGUGAAGCUGGCCUGCAGCGACACCAUGCUCAACAACAUCUACGGCUUCCUGCUGACGGUGUCGCACGUGUCGCAGGCCGCGCUCAUUGCCGUCUCCUACGGCUACAUCGUGCGGGCGUCGCUGAGGUCCAGGGACAGCAGGAGGAAGUUCAUGCAGACGUGUCUGCCCCACCUGGUCACGCUGGGGAACUUCACCACGUCCCUGGUCUUCGACGCCAUGUACUCCCGCUACGGCAACAGCAGCAGCCUGCGGGCGCUGCGCAACAUCCUGGCGGCCCAGUUCCUGGUGGUUCCCCCCCUUCUCAACCCGGUCGUAUACGGCAUGAAGCUGCAGCUCAUCCGGACCCGCCUUGCCCAGAUGUUCACCCCCAAGGUCAGUGCCUUCGGCUGA